GUCUUCACUGAUGCAUCAAGACUGGUGAAAUUCCCUUUUUGUCUUCUCACCAAGCAAAGCAGAUCAGAAAGCUGAAAAAUUAGUGCCUUAAAAUACUAUCUCAAAGAUAUGUGAGCAAAGUGGAUGUGAUAAAGCAAUCAGUAAAGGAGUGUAGAGGAUUGCAUGACAGCAAGAACAGCCAGCUGCAUCUGGGAAAUAUUCACCUGAGUCAACCCAAUGGUGGGAAUCAUUUUGAUUUUAAGGACAUGGGAUCACAGGGACUUCCUGAGAAAAGAUAUCUCCAUCAGCUUGCUGUCCCUGGUUGUCACUGCCUGUGGCUUGGCCCUGUUUGGCGUGUCCCUGUUCGUGUCCUGGAAGCUGUGCUGGAUCCCGUGGCGGGAGCGGGGCUUGCCCUUCGGGAACAAGGACAGCAAGCAGGAGCCGCUGCACUACGCGGACGCGGACGCCAAUGACCGCGACUACAGCGAGGAUUACCUGGGGCAGCCUGCCGCCUUCCCUGAGGCCUCCAUGAAGAUCAGCCACACCUCCCCUGACCUCCCGCUGGACACCCAGGCAGGGACCAAGGAGAACUGCGUGCCCAAUGUGCGGAUGCAGCGCCAGAUCACCGAACCCACCUCGUCUGACCGGCACAAUUCACUCCGGAGACAGCUCAACCUGUCCAACCCUGACUUCAACAUCCAGCAGGUUCAGAAGCAGGAGCAGCUGACGGGCAUCGGCCGCAUCAAGCCGGAGCUGUACAAGCAGCGAUCGCUGGACACGGACGACGGGCGCAGGAGCAACAGCAAGGCCUGUGGAAAACUCAACUUCAUCCUCAAGUAUGACUGUGAUUUAGAGCAGCUGAUAGUGAAGAUUCACAAGGCCGUCAACCUGCCGGCGAAGGACUUCUCUGGAACUUCAGAUCCCUACGUGAAGAUCUAUCUGCUCCCCGACAGGAAAACAAAACACCAGACUAAAGUGCACAGAAAGACCCUAAAUCCAGUGUUUGAUGAAGUUUUUUUAUUUACUGUCCCGUACAAUGAUCUCAACGCGAGGAAACUCCAUUUCUCUGUGUAUGACUUUGACAGAUUCUCCAGGCACGACUUGAUUGGCCAAGUGGUAGUGGAUAAUUUUUUAGAUUUGGCAGAUUUUCCCAGGGAAUGUAAUAUUUGGAAGGAUAUUGAAUAUGUCACCAAUGAUAACGUGGAUCUUGGUGACCUGAUGUUUUCGCUCUGCUACCUUCCAACAGCUGGUAGACUAACUAUUACAAUAAUAAAGGCAAGAAAUUUAAAGGCAAUGGAUAUCACAGGAGCAUCAGAUCCCUACGUGAAGGUUUCUUUAAUGUGUGAAGGAAGGCGGCUAAAGAAAAGGAAAACUUCCACCAAGAGGAACACCCUAAAUCCCGUUUACAAUGAAGCCAUAGUCUUUGAUGUCCCUCCAGAGAACAUUGACCAAAUUAACUUGUCGAUAGCUGUUAUGGAUUAUGACCGUGUAGGUCACAAUGAGGUCAUUGGAGUUUGUCAAGUAGGCAACGAUGCAGAGAGCCUAGGUCGCGACCACUGGAACGAAAUGCUCUCGUACCCUCGGAAGCCCAUCGCUCACUGGCAUCCUCUUGUGGAGGGCCCUAUUCAGCAGGAAUGUUAUGCAGGUCUUCUGCGCUUGGAUGGCUGCCGAAGAGGCUUCCUCACCCUUUUAACCUAUUCAGCAGAAAUUUGGCAUUCCUGUUGAACUCUUUCUUAGCCAUAUCCUCAGGGGCUAUUCCACAGAGUCCAGUGGGGAAUCAAGUGGGGGAGGGUGUCCAGCGCAUCCAGGCUGUGCAGAGAAAUAUAUACACAGCAUAUCAUUUUGGUUCCUGAAUCAGGACUAGACUCAGCGAGAGCUUCUGGAACCUCUGUGGCCACAGCCAUAGGACCCUGAAUAUUUGCUGAAUAGGACCCUCAGUCUUCUACUGUGUGAAGAGCUAUUGGUUUCAAGUAGCGUGAUGUUAUCCACUUGUAGCAUUAAUUCUCCAGCUGACACUUCUGCUACUGAUAGAUUAUUUGUAUGGUCGUAAGCAUUACCCAAAUUCAAGUCUUCAUUUCUGUUCAGUAGAAUAACCCAGGUUCCACAAGCAAAGUGACAGCAACCUAAACCAACAAAUAUGGGAAGCAGCAACAAAUAUUGUCCUUGUAUUUGCAAAAAAGGUGCAGUAUUGUGAAUGGUUAGCUUUCUGAGUAUCUUUUUUUUUUCAAGAAUGAUUGCCAUCAGAUAUUUAUUUUUUGAUGACAAGUUGCGUCCUCAGUGUCAGCUGGUGCCUCCUUUCACCUGACAUGAAAACAAAUUAAUACGGUUCCUUGCAGAAACCCUUCAAAUCUGAAAAACUGUAAAAAACGUUCUGCUGGGUGAGAACAAGAUGCAUAUGGUAUUUGUAAUGACAGCAUGUUCUUUGAGAAAGGAGAUAGCCAUCUGUACAACAUGGAGGUUGUUAGUCCUCAACCUUUGGAGAUGAUUUUCCAGUCGACGUUUCUGAGUCGUGUCCACGGCGCUGCAAACUGUUGGGAGCGUGUCCCAGGUGGCAGUGCUGGAUCAUACAAACAAGCACACACACCCUGUGUUGUUUGAAAACGCUGUUCCAAGUCUAUAGUGCCUGUGAAGACUUCCUUUAUUAUUUGUGGUAGAAUUAGCAGGGCUGUUUUACAUGAUGGUAUGUUGUAAAUUCUGACAAAUUCCGACCAUUAAAAGAAAAUGAAUCUAAGCACUGCAUUCUGUCAUGUAAUGAAAUUUGUGCCCCAAAGCAGGAUAAACCCUGGGAUAAAUUUUUCCCCACUUAUUUAGCCACGCAUGGAGUUCUCUCAUCCUCCAGUGUUUUCUACAGAGAACUUGACUCACGUCUUUACCUGGGAAUUUUUUGUUUAAAAGAUGCAAAUUAUGGAUGUUUUCUACAACAGAGGUGUCUGCUUACAGAGCUGUGUGCUUACAGAGAGGGAGCCCUGGUUGUUAAGUAGAGUUCAGAUAAGUUAAUGUGCACACACAUUGCUUCACAUCUUGAAUGUGACGAAUGUUCACCAAGAGUUUUAGAACUGCAGCUCUGCUGACACAAAUUAUGCAUGCACAGAUUGAAGAAAUAUCUAAAAUUUUGGCCUCAAGUCUGAAAAGUUAGUCCCAUAACCUAUCAGUGCAGAUCUUCAGAAUUCAGAAAAUCAGAAUUACUUGUGAGUAGAGAAUGUCUUGGAACUUGCAGGAGAUCUUGGGUCUGCUGUGAAUGUAUGCUGCAGGUAUAAAUCCAAAUUCCUGUAUGCACAGCGGUUUUCAGAAAUCUCUUGCCAUGCUGUGCAGAGCACAGCUGCCACAGGCAAGGAUAUACCUGGCAAACUAAACAGCACUUCCAAACCUGCCCAAGCACAAUUUCAGGAGGACAACCGUUGGGCAUUUCCAAAAGAAUGAAAAUAAUGUUGCCAUGGCAAAACUGUUCAACUGCACCUUCAGCUUUCUAUCAGGAGGCUGAUGGUACAUGACAAUGUGCAUAUCUGCUCAUGCAUGAGCCUCCCCUGGGGCAGAAUCCUGCGCUCUUUUACCCAGGCUCAUCUCCCAGGAGCCACAGAGAGGAGAUGGGCCUGAGCAAAGCAGGAGGAGCUCUUCCUUUGGAGUGGAGUUCUGUGAUUUCCCAGAUAAAUCAUUCUGCAUCUCACCUCUGCCUGGAAUGCAGAGCCAGGCACGCUUCCCACAGCAACAUCAGCAACAGAAACUGCUGGGAAGGGGAGAACUGCUACACAACAGGCUCAGUGUGUCCCUGGAAAAGUGCAGGAGCCUUUCUAGGAUUUGUCCCCAGCAGCUCAAAGGGGCAUCAGCUGAAAAGUGGUAUCAUUGUAAUUGCCAGUGGGUUGCAGUUCUUCUAUUUUAUUGCCAUGCUCGGUUUAUUUAAUGCUCAAGGGUCUGGCAUCAAAAGAAUUAUUUUGAAUGGCGUUCUACUAAAACAGGGGAAGAAAUCUUUGUGACAGUGAGCGUUUAAAGUGGAAUCCAGCAGACUUCAAAGGUUUAGAGAUGAGGAAAACCCCCUAAAUUUAUUGAAUUCUCGACAUUUUUGCUCAUGACUUGCAAACUGUAACUCAGGCUGUGGCAUUACUAUGUGCUUUUUAUAAAUACCUGCCUUACCAUAGUAGUGCAUCUAUGGAAUGAUAGCUAUUUUCUAUAUUUGGAUACUUCACUCUUCACCUUUAUACUCCACUUUACCAGUGAUAUUCUCUAGACCCAAAAUAUUUUUGUGUUCUGGUUCUGGUUGGCCAGUAGACUGCUGCUGCUGUCUUCAGACUGUAUUACAAAAAUACCACAGCCUGCUGGAAGGACCAGAGGAUGGAUAAUACUGCUACAAACUCAACUGGAAACCCAGGGAAAGGUAUGGUCCCAAUGCUGCUCAGUCUUUCUUUUCUGAGCUGUGAUUCUCAGUGGUAAAUUAGCAGCAGACUCACAAGAAUGAUUUCAAAGCUGAAGCCCUCAUUUGUUUUCUUAUUUGCUGUGAAUGCAUUAUUGCCCUGUAUGACAAGUAUCAUAACUCUAAAAUAGAAGAGAAAAUUGCUUAGAAAUGCAUCUCAGCAAGACUUUAAUCCCAUUUUGCUCUUUAACAACAUGCUAUUAACUGGUUACUUUUAGUUUUCCAUAAUAGCCCCCAUGUCAGGUGUUGUUCUGUGGAAAAGCAGUGAGUGGCCAUGGGAAAACCUCCCAAAUUUCUGACAGUGAGGCCGAGUCCCACGGACAGUGGCCUGAUAUUCCCAUGACAAAACACUCACAGCGCAGCUGAGUGCUCAAAUAUUUCUUUAUCUGCUUCCACUGAAAUCACAAGACAUGAAAAGCAUUGCUUUUUCCUUUUAUUUCGCUUUUCCCUGCAAAUAGCCCCAGCAGUGGAUGAGCAAACAUUCAUCUCAAUCUGGGGAAGUGGGGACUACAGAAAACAGAACAGAAAACCAAUAUGCAGCACAGAAGACCUGUUGUUAAAACUGUUGUUACCAGCCCAGUUUUCCAUGCCAUCAGGUCCAUAAAACAUAAAACACUCAGCAGGUAUGAGACACUUGUUACAUCGAGAUCCAAUUUAACCCCUGGUAGGGGAACUCCUGGAUCAACACAAAAUGAAACAACAGCAAAGGGCAGUGCAAAAGAAUGAAAGAAAAAAAAAAAAAAAAGAGGUUAUUUUAGUCCACCCUUCUUGGCUUGAGAGGAUUGUUGUUGAGGGGGCUUUUGGGUUGUUUUCAUUCUUUGGUUUGGUUUGGUUUCACGUGUUUUAAACACCAAGUGUGGUAUGUAGCUAUAUUAACAUGAGAACCCAAAGCCAGAGCCACAAGAGAUAUAUAUUGAUUUACAUGUUUAUCACCUGGCAACAUUUGAGCACUCGAGGGGACGUGUCUGCAAUUGAAAUUUAAAAAAAAAAAAAAUAGAUGAAAACUCUUUUGGUUUAAAAGUAACAAACAACAAACGGGGACCAGGAAAUUCAGUUGAAAAAUCUGUUUCUAGCUAGAAAUCCAUCUGAAAUGACUUUGCUGUUAAUGCAUUUUGUUUGAACAGAAGGAAGUGAAAAAAGUAGAUCAGGUGACUCCAUCUGAAGUUUCAUCGAUGAAAUGCUUUUUUUCCCCCUUUAGAACAGUGCAUUGCCAAAUGAUCACAUCUCAGUACCAAGAGAGAAAACAAUGGAUUUCUUACCUAGUAGGGGGAAAUAAAAAAGCAUGUAGAGAAGGGAAUCCACAAUAGUGCAGAACUCAGGAGAAGCCCCCCGUGCUGCGAGAAAGGGCGGCAGGAUGGACUUGGUGCCAGCAUCACCUGGAAUCCUGGUGCCAGCAUCACCUGGAAUCCUGGUGACAGCAUCACCUGGAAUCUUGGUGCCAGCAUCACCUGGAAUCUUGGUGACAGCAUCACCUGGAAUCCUGGUGACAGCAUCACCUGGAAUCCUGGUGACAGCAUCACCUGGAAUCCUGGUGCCAGCAUCACCUGGAAUCUUGGUGACAGCAUCACCUGGAAUCCUGGUGCCAGCAUCACCUGGAAUCCUGGUGACUGCAUCACCUGGGAUCCUGGUGACUGCAUCACCUGGAAUCCUGGUGCCAGCAUCACCUGGAAUCUUGGUGACACCAUCACCUGGAAUCUCGGUGCCAGCAUCACCUGGAAUCUUGGUGCCAGCUCAGUUCAGAGGUGAAGUGACAGCCCUGCUGUGCCAGGUGCCCAGGGCUGGCCAGUUCCAAGGGCUGUGCUGACAGCUCCCCUGCCAUGGCUGGGCUGGGCAGGGAGCCCCAGCUGGAAGUUCUCCAGGGCCCUGCAGUUCUCCGGGAGUGCAUCCAUCUCCUCGGAGACCCUCCAGGGGCAGGGAAGGCGCCGCGGGUGGAGCGAAGGCGCGGAGGGGAAGGGGACGGGAGGGUUUGCAAGCAUCUGAGCUCUUCAUUUGUUCAUUCUGCCCGGGCUCUCUGGUUCCUGCUCCUUUCUGCUCAAACAUGGACAUUGUCCAAGGGAGCUGUUUCACUCCCCGCCUCGGUCCCCGUGGCAAAGGCGCCUGAAGAGAGCUGCGCCGUUUGGGUAUAAUUUUGGUUUUGAUAACACAUGAGCAUUGUACUAUACUUUAUUAUUUCUUGUUCAAUAAAUAGUCCUGGUAUCUCUAUGUUUCAUGUCUAAUUUUGGAGAGCAGGGCCGUACCUGUAUCAAGGCUCUCUCAGUUAGGUGGGCAUUUUGUUCGUUUAGUAGAAAUAAUGCAUGAUUCCUUUCGCAGUGGUGGUUUGAGGGACAAAAGAAUUCUUAAUUUUGUAAUAUGUAUUACAAUCUUCUAAACACGAGUUAAAAUGUACUGUGAUUUAUUUAUAUAAAUCUAGUCUGAACAAAUAAGUUUUGAUCUUAAUAAAAACUGUAAGAAAUUG